AUGAAUUCCAACCGCUUCAUUACCGCUGCCAAUAUUUAUUAUCAAAUUUACUUUUUCCUCGGAAUCGUCCUUCAAUCAUUUAUCUUGCUGUUGAUUCGAAGUCGGUCGCCGUCGAGCAUCAGAUCGCUUCAAUUAUUUCUUUAUAACACAUUUAUUCUACAAUGGAUGAUGAUUAUGACGGCAUAUUUCACACAGCACAGAGUGCUUCAAAACUCCAGCUCAUACGCGAUUCCUUCAAAUGGUCCGUGCAAAGAACUCGGACCAAAAUCUUGCUUUGGCGGCUAUCAUGUCUUCAUGGGUAUCGGAUUAUGCGUCGCUUUUGCGAUAUCGGCAACUAUUCUUUUUCGAUUAUUCCAUUUAAAUGGUCUUCUGUGUAGUAGAAGACGUGCGAAAUUUAUGAUAUUCGUCUCGAAUAUUCCAGGAGUUGUGGCAGUUAUAGUCCCAUUCACUGGAAGCUGGAAUUUCGAAACAGUUCGAUAUCAAACAAAAAAUGAGCACCCGUUAUACAAUUUAACCAUUUACGAACCAUAUUCGGGGUUUAGCGAUACUAAUGAUAUCGGGUUUGUUUCGAUCACGGUGCUUCUCGAAAUCUGCGCUUAUGGAAUCCCUAUAACCGAUUUGGUCUUGGCAAGAAUGAUUUUCAAUGAAUUGAAGAAUCACAAAACAAUGUCGACGAGAAUGAAACAGCAAACCUCAAAUCUGGUCCAGGGAUUAGUUUUUCAAACAUUGGUCCCUCUUUUCUGUUAUAUUCCUAUAGUUAGCUCAUUUUUAUACACAAGAAUUACUGGAGAAACGGUUAUCAUCACAGAGCACCUCAGCUCGAUAAUGCUCAGUUUCCCUGGAGUUAUUGAUCCAAUAAUAUCCAUGUAUUUCAUAAUUCCUUAUCGACGAUCGGUUCGACGGAUACUCAUCAAUAUCUCAUCGUUUAUCAUGAAGCCAAAGCAUACUACUCAAAAGAUUGUGAUAUUACCGUUGGGUGUGGAGAACCUCGCUGCUGACUAG